GGUUUGACGUCGAAAACACCACAAUCAGACCUCCUAUGCUCAUUGUCCUCGAUCCAAGCCCACAGAUCACCUAAUAUCUGUCGUUCAAGCUUGGAGCACAUUGCUCCAGGAAGAAGACAGUGUGAGUCUAGCAGAGCGAUUCCCAUACUCGCAUGCUCUUUACCUCAUUAGACGUUGCAAGCCUCAUUUUUUCAAGAGCAUACUGCUUCGCUUCUAGCUUUCUGCCGGGACUCUCAACACGGCAAACGUGCGCUGCGAUCCUACUGAAUCAAUCUCGAAAGCCCAUCGCUGGAGACCUACGCUACACCAUGGAAGUCUUCUCGAGUUUCCUGGGAGAGAUUGGUCAAGGGACCCCGUGUUUCGACCAGUCCCAAAUCAUUCCCACCAUCACUACAUCCACUAAGACUGUUUUAACUCUCGAAGCUUCUGUUCACAAUACUUCAUAACACCUCGUCUCGACAGCACGCCUCGUGAUAUGUUUUGAAGUGGGGCUCCCAAUAAGCACAGCCUUCUACUCAAUCAUCCCGUACCUAG